AAUGUUCAGUGGUGAAUGAUGCACGGCGCCGGGUGGGGCAAUUUUCGACUUCUUCUCUAUUCCGUUCUACCUCUCGUCGUUCAAGCGGCCUCCUGUUCGGGAGGUAUCGCCGCCGGAAUAGCUAUUGGAUGUAUUGCCGGAACGAUUAUACUAUGUGCAUUAGCAUUCCUCGCCUAUAGAAUUAUAGAAAAGAAAAGAGCUACUAAGCAAGUUGAGAGUGAGUACAUGUAAAAUUUGAUUAUGUAAUAUAGCGUCCCUUUAAAAUGCAAAAACAAGAUGUGUUAUUCAGUAAAAAUGCGAUUUAAAAUUUACAUUUUGUCAAUUGAGAUAAUAGAAAUUUUCGUUUUUAUCUACCGAAUUGCGCUCGUUAGAAAUGAUAGCAAAAAAUUCUACCUUAUCAAAGUGUUAAACUAAAAUAUGCACUGACUCUUUAUUUCACUAGUAUGUCAAUUGUUACUUAAUGAAAAAGACGUAGUAAAAACAUAAUGAUUGUUGGCGGGCAAGAGAGCGUAUAAAUCGAGUUGGGUUGAGAAUAGAUUUAGGGGAGCUUUCUUCCCCCUUUCUUAUCUUACCCCUUCUUUUUCCUUCGCGCGCUCUCUCUUUCGCUCGUUCAUUCAUUCAGUCAAUCAUUCAUUCCCUCUCUCUCUCCCUCUGUCUCACACUCACUCACACACUCACACACUCUUUCUCACACAUUCAUUCAUUCAUUCAUACUAAUUUUCAAUAAUUUUCUAUCUCUUCUUUCACUCUUACUCCUUUUGCCACCUCAAUCUCCUCCCAUAGCCUUUUUGAGUGUCACGCGAAACCAUGUUACCUGUUACGCCUUCUUCCGCAGACGUUUAGGUAUAAAUAGAAAUGUUUAAAGAAAGGAGGUAAAAGGGGAAAGGGGUAGGUAGAAAAGAUUCAAGCUAUUGACAGCUAUUGUAAGGGAGUAAGAGUAAUGGUAUUUGCCUUAAUUACAUGGCUUUCGUUGAAUAAUUAGAUGCAAUUGUUCGAUCAGGUAAAAAGGGCGGUAAAAGGAAAAAUCUACAAUCGUUUGACAACCCAAGCUACGAACAGGACGAAGAAGGGGCCGUGAACUUGAAUGGAAAAGUAGAUAAAUCUAAAGUUAAAUGGGAAGGUGAAUAACCCUUUUUUUACCUUUUCUUCAUGUAGAAAAAAACUCUUUAUCUUUUUCACUCAAUUCUUAAAAUAGGCCUAGAUCUUUAGGUGCCGAUCGAGCAUUCCUGAAAUUAUUGAUAUUUACGUUGAAUCAACUUAUUAAUGCUUACGCAAACUCUAUCGGAUGAACGACGAGUCUUUUCUCUAUUACAAACGUUUCUUUUUGGAGAAACAAGUUAGACCGACUUUUGGUAAUUUCAAUACGAAAUUUUUUUUUGGCCGUUAGCCAAUUCCGAGCAUUCUAGGCAUUCCAUUCGUUCGAUAGGGAGAAUAUUUUGAAGGAAUAAUAGAAUAGAAACUUUUCCCCGUUUGACAUCGGCUAAGUGGAGUAAAGACACUAAUAGAGUUUAGAUAGUUUAAAAACUUGUUUGCAUAAACGAUUUAUGCGACACUGUUGCAAUCAAGUAUUAUAUCGAUCAUUCCGCUAAAUGGUCCCGUCAAUGGCCAAACUGAUUAAAUUUCUGACUAACGUCUUUCAUUUAUAACCUAUCGAUUAUACUAUUUUAGACCAACAUAUAAAUAACAUAAGCUUUUCAAUCAAGUUAUAUUUCGUACUUUGCUCGAAUUAUAUAUAUAUCAAUAUAUACAACUGGUAUUAAUAUAAUGGGAUAUUUUCUCUAAUUAUUUUGCUUCUUAUUGAUAAUUUGGCGAAAUUUGAAGAACAGAAAUAUAAACCUAAUAUGCUAGGAUUAGCAUAAAACCCGUAAAAAUAUUAAAAUCAAUCGAGAUUUUAGGAUGGCAGAUGUUUUACGUCUUCUUCCUAUUUCUUAAUGCGAUUAUUGGUUUUUGAUUGUGAUUGUAAACAUUCUACCUUUACUACUGAACAGGCAAACAUACAGUUCAAGAUGACGAAUCGACCAAGCUUAGAAAGAGAUCGACUUCCGACAAACGAGUUGUGUUUAGUAAAUGUUACGAAGAUAAAGUAAAUAAGCCUACGGUCUUUAGUGUGCCACUGAAGAGUGACGAUCCUUGGGGGCUCGGUUUCGACAUCAAAGGAAAUAUGACUAAAGGAGUCUAUAUUAGUAAAUUAGGCAACAGAGGACCUGCUAAGGAAAGUGGCAAGAUACAAGUUGGAGAUAAGAUUUUAUCAUUUACUGUCUCCUUUGAGAAUAUUGUUUUGGAGGAUGCUCUAACUAUAAUUAGUUACGCAUCUACUCACCCUUGCGAUAUCACUUUGGAAAGAGAAAGUAAAAGUCAAGCCAAAGAAAACAUCGAAGAAGACAAUGGAAGCGAAGGAGAAGAGGCUGGUGGAAGAUUUGUUAAAACUCCAUUUAAUCCUUUAUUCCGAAGUCAAUCUGUGGAUAAUAUCCAUCAAAUCGACAAGACAAACAAAUCUCCAACCUAUUCGGAUGCAACUACUAGAAGAGUGCUCAGCCAAAAGGAAAUAAGAAAAGAAGAUGAGACGGAUACAGUUGAUACUACCUUUAACUUUCCCGAUGUUAAGCUAGACAGUUCCGAAAUGCUAUCUGAAGUAUCAUCAAAUUUUGAGCAAGGAAGAAUGAAAGAGGAAAGUAUCUUGGUAGAGAAAAAUGUCAGCAUAGAAUCAACGCUUCUAACUGAAGCUAGUGUUGUAGUUCACAAUGUUAACGAGGUCGAAAAUGAUAGCGACAAGAAAAAAAAUGAUAAAGACGGAGAUGAAGAUAAAAAGUCCGUUAGUAGCUCACAAUGUGAAUAUAUAGCCGCUGAAGAACAACCAGUUGUUCCCGCUUUUGUUCAAGAUCACCGAAUUGAUAUUGAGGAGGCGCCGAGAUCUUCCGAAAGUAAUGAUACAGUGGUUGAAAUACACGACGGUCCUACGUUGGCCGAGUUAAUGGCUAAAACGCUGGAAGAAACGCCUGAGGCGAUAAUUGUUGAAGAAAAGAAGGACAUGACAGAUGAGGCUAGAAUUGUCGCUGAAGCCGAAAUAACUGCAAAAAUUAUUGAAGAAGAAGCCAUAAAAGAAGUUAUUAGGAUUCAGGAAAAUAGCGAAAAGAUUGAAUUCAAGCAUUUAUCUGAUGCCGACAAAUUAGACAUAAUUAAGGCGUCUUACGAACCAGAAGAUGCCAAACGAAUGUCGGCAUUAUCGCCUAACGCUAAAUCCUCAACAACUGUUGUUAUGGUAGAUGAGCAGAAAAGGUCGAGAACAUCGAGUUCUUCGUCGGAAGAGGAUAGGCCGUCUUCUACAAUUACUCCAAGAACAAAUGAGGACGAUGUAAUUGUUGCAGAUGAGAAGGCGGAUAUACUUCUUCGGCGAAAGAGUGGCGAUAAUGGUACUGCCGUCAAAGCUGUGGUUGUAAAGGCUGUAAAUUCACCUGAUACCGAUAACGAUAGCCUCAAAGAAGGUGAACCAAUAGAAGAAUCAGCAUCUCCCACAAUAGCACCGUUGAGCUAUAAGCGUUAUUCGGCAGAGUUGGAUGGUAAAACAACCGUAAUCAAAGACACCAACGAUAAUGUAACUCUACAAUCACCUCGUCCAGCUCAGGUAUCAGUCGGUGGGAUGUCCUAUUACGUGGGUCUUGACCCGCCUCAACCCCCUGCCGGUCUUUUUUCUAUUGACGAUGAGAAUGAAUCUACGAGCAGCCUAUUGAAGGACUUAGGUCUUGAUAAAUAUGUAAAAAAUAACAAAAACGAUUCCGAAGCCUAAAAUAAGACUUACGGUUAUUUUGGCCGGAAGUGCAAUAAAGACUGCUUGAUGAACUGAUUCUGUACAGAAGAAAUUAAGCAUUCAGGUGUAAAAACAUUUAUCGUUUUUAUUCCUUUCUCUUUCAUUUUUUUUUCAUAGCGUUUCCUUUUCCGAUUUGAAUACUUCGUUGACCUUUUGUUCUUUUUUAUUGCAUUUUUAUCGCUCUUGUUAUUAAUAUUAUUAGGAAAAAAAUUACAAAAGAGUUCAAAUAUUAUGUAUACAGUAUAAAAGAAAGAAAAGAUAAAGAAAAGAUUCUAUUGUAUGAAGAUAGAGUGAAGUAGGAAAAAUCAAUUUAAAAGAAAAGGAAAGAUAUUUAAAGAGAGAUAGGAGAAAAAGUUUAAAAAAUGUGAAGUUAAUUACAAUAAAGUUAUCUUUUGCGAAGGAAUAAAAAACUAAAAAUAUAAAAAUUAGAGAGAAAUGAAUUUUGAAAAAGAGGGAACGCUUUUUUUUAUUAUUAUUAUUUAAUGCAAUUUUUGUUUUUUGUUCUUUUGAUAUUCCUUAAUACAUAUUGAUAUUCUCAUCGUUG